AUGGCGACCAACACAGAACACAACGCCUUCCACAACGACGCAAAUCCGGCCACGCUCAAUGGUGCCAAUUCUGACCCAGCCACUCAGGACUUUGAAAAGGUUACUCGAGGCAUGAGCCACGAGGAAAAGUCGCGGGCUCAGCAAGCUGCUCGUUUUGGCUAUGGUCCUUUGGCGCACGUGCGCACCGCCAAUGGCGAAGCCACCCUUCCAGCAUUCGGUGGUGAGUUCCAACCUGGUCUCUACCGGCCGGUCGAAGGACGCAAAUUCGCCAAUCCGGCUCCUCUCGGUCUGGCCGCGUUCGCCUUGACCACGUUCGUGCUCAGCUUGAUCAACUUGGGAACUCGAGGCGUGGCGGUGCCCAACAUCAUCAUUUCGCUGGCUUUUGGAUAUGGUGGUCUGGUGCAGCUUCUGGCUGGCAUGUGGGAAAUGGCCGUAGGUAACACUUUCGGUGCCACCGCUCUGUCUUCGUACGGCGGCUUUUGGAUUUCCUUCGCCAUCAUCCUAACCCCUGGUGGCUUCGAAAUUGAGAGCACCAUUGAAGCUACAGCCGGCGGCAAGGCGUUCCUUGACUGUCUAGGCUUCUACUUAAUGGGCUGGUUCAUCUUCACCACGAUCCUUCUCUUCUGCACGCUGAAAUCCACCGUCGCAUUCUUCCUGCUUUUCUUCACGCUCGACCUGACCUUCCUCUUGUUGGGCAUCGCCUACCUGCAGCCGGAGAACGGCGCGCCCAGGACCAGUUGCCUGCGCGCCGGAGGUUCAUUUGGCAUCCUCGCCGCCUUUUUGGCUUGGUACAACGCCCUCGCCGGUCUCGCCGACACCUCCAACAGCUUCUUCAUCAUCCCUGUCGCCCACUUCCCCUGGUCGGAGAAGGGCAGGGCUGCCCGCGGCAUCAACAAGACCGAACACACCGCAUAG